GGGCGUUAGGGCUCGAUUUUCGUCUCGAUCCCAAUAUUGACGUGAUCUGAGAUUUGUGUUAUUACUAGUUGUUGUCUAUUGCUUUUUGUAAUAAAUGUAAGUGCAUUUGCUGGGUCGUCGGCCCGCAUUUUCUUCCAUCUUUUGUAGCACUCAUGCUACUUUGUUUCAUUAGUUCACACAGUACCUUCUGGCUAGACUCAAACCGCUACAAUAGCCUGUGUUACAAUGCCUUCAAGAUCUUACACAUAUCCUCCAUGUGUUCUCAGUUAGGUUGCUUUCUAUUGUUUGUAUUCGUAAUAUAUACUACUCUGGACGCUUUUCUUGAUUCAUCGUAACCACUAACUAAAUACAAGCAUUUUAAAGACUAUGGACCACAUGGCGUCAGUUCUAUCACUUUUUAAAACUUAUGCCAACUGACAGGUCUUGGGAAGUACAGUUAGGUAGACAAUAAAUUUGAUUGAGGUACCGAAAACCGUGAACGAACCGAUGUCUACUGACAUUUCGUGAUAUAUUUACGUUAUCAUUUCAGUAGAUAUGCUUGCAACUGAUUGAAAUUUUUUGGUACUUAGUGUAGCAUAUAAUGGCUUCCUAUGAAUCCCGUUAUCAUGCUUCAUUUUACUCCUGUAAAUCUGUGAAAAAUUGUUUGCUGUAAUCGUUGUACUUUUUAAAACAGGUGAAAGCACAUCGCACACGUUCAAACAUGUUAGUAUUGUCUUUGCAGUCAUUUGAUAACUAGUUGAUACUCAUUCCUAUUACUUCAACAAACUUUAGUUGUUUUCUGUUAUUUUACCACAGUCAUGCAUGGGUUGAAUUGCAUGGAUUUUUUGUUUUUAAAUGUAUGAUGAAUCAGGUUUUAAUCAUAUGAAUUUCAGCAAUCUAGUCCCACUUUUGAGGCUUCUACAUUCACUUUGCGUGAGCAGUUUCGUCCUCCAUUUUAGGUCAGGAAGAUAAGAAUCCCAUUUACAAAAUUUGGCAAAUUGUUCGGCGUGAUGGAAGUCAUAACUAUACCCGCCUUGUCGGAUAACUACAUGUAUGUAGUUAUUGACAGAGCGUCAAGUAUUUGCGCAGUUGUGGAUCCAGUUGAACCUGAUAAGAUUUUGAGUGCAGUCACGCAACGCGGUUUGCGACUUGAAUCUAUAUUGACAACUCAUCAUCACUCGGACCACGCUGGAGGAAACCUUGACCUUUUAACUAAAUGCAAGAAACAAGGCUUAGAGGGAGUAAAGGUGUAUGGAGGAGAUGAUCGUAUUGGUGGUUUGACUAAUACUGUGUCUCACGGACAUAAAAUAAAGAUUGGUACCAAUCUCAAUGUUUCUUGCUUGGCUACACCAUGUCAUACUACUGGUCAUAUAUGUUAUCUGGUUACCGAGGAAAAUGGUACCAAAGAAGGGGCGGUAUUUACUGGCGACACGUUGUUCCUUGGGGGUUGUGGAAGAUUUUUUGAAGGGACUGCUGAACAAAUGUUUAAGGCACUUAUUGAGGUUCUUUCCAAGUUACCAACAACAACGAAAGUCUAUUGUGGGCACGAAUAUACUGUGAAAAAUCUAGAAUUCGGCUUAACUGUUGAGCCAAAAAAUGAGGCGCUUAAACAUCGGUUAGAAGCCGUAAAACGUUUACGUGCGUCUAAUCAAGCAAGUGUUCCCGGUACAAUUGGAGAGGAAUUAGCAACCAAUCCUUUCAUGCGUGUUUCUGAACCAGAUGUGCUCGCACAUGCGAAAACUACCGAUCCCAUCAAAGCCAUGAAAACAAUUCGCGAAGAAAAAGAUAACUUUUAGAUUUGAAACUGAUCUGGCUUACGAUACCAGUGAUAUAUUGCAAUUUCUCCGAAGUCAGUAUGUCUUUUUAUUCUUGGACGUUUAUAUGCUUAUCUUUACCAUGAACAUCGAUAAAACACUAAAUUAAUUAAAUAAAUAAAAUUGGUACU